AUGGUUCAAUCUACAGAUGCCAAAGAUGAAAUUUGCGGAAAUUCUGAUACAUCAGAAUCGAGACUCUUGCCAUCACUGAGAAAACUCAAGAGACCAUUGGAUUGCGGAAUUCCUCACGAAAGUGGCUACCAGGAGAAAGCUAACGAUAUCAGGUCUUUCUCCAAGGGAUCCAACUUAGAAAAAGGUCUUUAUAGAGUCGAUGAAAGUGACAGCUACAGAGAAAAGCACACACAUUUCAGAAAACUAGCCAAGAACUGGCUUUUCAACUCUAAUGUUAGUGAAGUUGUAGGUAAUAGACAAACAGAGAGUAGAGGUCUAUUCGCUCAAAACGAGGCUUCUGAGGUUACCUCCGAAUCCAGCCGGUUUCGUUCCUCGAGAAAGACCAGUCGAAGAAGUGGUAGACAUUUUUUAAGCGAAUGGUUUUCGGAAGAAAGGAGGGUAUCAGGAACGGUUGUGAAAAAAGAGGACGAAUUUGCUUUAAAGGAACAACUUCUAUUAAGUAGAUUGAUAGAGGCAAAUUUGAGCAACACUGAAAGCGCCCAGUCGAAGAAUACUAAAACCCUAAAACAAUUGCUACCACCUACCAAGGCAUUAUAUUUUCAAGCUCUUCAGAAUAAUGAGGCUGUUCUCAAUCAAGUAUUACCAAUAGCAAAUAUAUUUGCUAAUAAUACGGAGUUGGCUACCUCUUGGACGCUUCUUCUUACGGAUAUUCCAAAAUGUACAAGUCUAGCAACGAUUCUUACCCAGAUUGGAGGAGGACCAUUACAAAGCGUGCAGUUACUAAGAAGAAUCGACUGGAAUCUAAUUACAGGGCUUCAUAAUUGGAAUGACUGCAUUGAUUGGGGAGAAACAAAUCUUAGGCUUCAAUUCGAUAACCAUGAGAAUGCGAUGAAGUUUUAUGAACAUUCCAGAACUGGAGCAUUUGUUGUUAAUGGGUUUCAUAUUGUUACACAAUGGGUUCCUAAUGAAUUCUCAAAAAGGAAAUUCAAUAAGGGAAUUGCCAACGAUAUUGAAAAAGAGGUUCUAGAAUACAUGGCUGAACCAGAAGGGGCACGAAGAGUUCUUGUUUUAAAACGACCUGUUCCUAACAAAAAGAAGACAGCAACAGGAGUUAAAAAACAAUUCUCAUACCCUAAUCCUUUAAAUAAUUACACAGAGAGCUUUGAUGUAGAAGCGGUAAUUAAGGAUUUCUCCCAUUUUGGAAAAAUAGUUGAAGUGACGCCAGUAAUUUCACGGAAACUAUCUUUUGGGAUCCAAUUCUUUGAUGUGAUAUCUGCAAUGGCCGCUAAACACAGUAUAGAAGGGAACUUUGAAAACGAGGACGAGCUCAAGGUUGAAAUUGCAAAGAAGUACAGUGAUUGGUACGUCUGGUAUGGUAAAGAUCCUACCGACAAGCCUAUUUUAGAGUAG